AUGGGGAGUGUAGAAUUUGAGUGUGCAGAGAUGAGAACAAGGAAGCAUUUGAGGAAAUGGAUCUCACUUGCAGUCAAGACUUGGGCAUGGCAGAUAUUGAAGGGCUUGAAUUAUUUGCAUGGUCGUAGCCCUAGAAUUAUUCACAGGGACUUGAACUACUCCAACAUUUUUGUGGAGGGAAACUUUGGCAUACUCAAGAUUGGAGAUCUGGGACUUUCAUGUGUUCUUGGGCAAGAUGGGUUUGCAUACAACAUUGUUGGUACACCUGAAUUCAUGGGUCCUGAAUUGUAUGAGGAGAAUUGUGAUGAACUAGUGCAUACCUAUUCAUUUGGAAUCUCCAUGCUAGAGAUCAUUACCAUAGAGAUUCCAUAUAGCGAGUAUAAUAGUGUAGCUCAAGUUUACAAGAAGGUGGAUUUUGGUAGAAUGCCUACAACUUUGGAAAAGGUUCUGGAUCCACAAGUAAACAGUUGA